AUGCUUUUAUUCCUACAGUUUUUGCAAUCUCGUUUAAGGACAAUCCAUACCUUUCAUAGUCGCGAGUCGUACGAUGUGAUAGCGUGCUAUAACAAGAAUGUUUUCAGCGCCUACAAGGCUGAGAAGCGAACCGGGCGCAAUAGACGCGAGGGGCGGGAGGGGCGCGAUGUUCGCGAGACGCGGGAGGGGCGGGAGGGGCGCAGGGGGGAGGCGGAGAGCGCCGGCGUCGCCCUGGCGCCACCCCUCGACGCACACCACGCGCGCAGAUAUAAUGAUAUGGCGCCAAAACACUGGGAGGAAGGACUGCCACGGUACCACGGACCUACUGAGUACGAGCGACCCCCACCCUACUACUAUCCCGGACCAAAGUAA